GUCGAAGAAAUCGAACGUGAGAGGACAAGAAAUUCAGGUUCAUUUUUUAAGAGAGAGAGAGAAAGAAAUGGCGGAAGAAGGAGCUGUGGUUAGCUGCCACACCAUCGAUGCUUGGAAUGAACAGCUGCAAAGGGGCAACGACUCCAAGAAGCUGGUGGUGGUCGAUUUUACUGCUUCAUGGUGCGGGCCAUGCCGUUUCAUUGCCCCUGUCUUGUCUGAGCUUGCCAAAAAAUUGCCUGAUGUUAUUUUUCUGAAGGUAGAUGUUGACGAAUUGAAGAGUGUUGCUCAAGAUUGGGCGAUAGAGGCAAUGCCGACUUUCAUGUUCCUGAAGGAAGGGAAGAUAGUGGACAAGGUUGUGGGUGCAAGGAAGGAGGAGCUGCAGCAGAAGGUUGGGAAGCACAUGGCCACUUGAUGAUCUUCCUGUGUAGUCUGUCAGCUACAUAGAUAUAUGACUACUACCAUAGAUGCCUUAGAAAUCAUAAAUGGGUGCACUUUGGUUUUUGGGAUUUUGAAUUUCUAUUUCAGUAUGUUUGAAGUUGAUGGCUGCAAUAAUGCCAACAUGGUCUCUUUCCUUGUGAUUUUUAGUUUUGUAAGGUUCUUUUGGGAAAUAUAUUUGCCUUGUUCAUGGUA